AGCGAUCAAGUUGAGCGCACAGUUGCUGCUCAACGCUGCUCGCAAACAGUUGAGUUCAGUUCAGUUGAGUUGAGUUGAUUUAAGCGAAUCUUUUGAGAGUUGCCGCCAUACUUAAAAACGAAAAACGUCAAGCGAACAAAUCAUUGGACAGAGUUCGGCUCUGUCUGCGUCUCCCUAUCGGUAUCGUUCUACUCCUACAUACAAACAUAUGUACGUGUACAUCCCCAAAGACCGGUCGUCACAUAUACGUCGUUGUCUCGUCGACACCGUCACCGUUGUCGUUGCUGUCGUUUAAAGUUCAAAGCCCACUGUAGAUCCUUAAGAGGUGAACAGAAACUGGUAACUAAACUGCAUAUUUAAGAGAGAGAGAGAGAGAGAGAGAGAAGCAGCCACAGCCUUGAAGGAGAGUUGACCGACCAAACUAAAGAGCAACAUCAGCUGCUGCGUGUUGUGAUGGUGGCUUUUAAGAGCGGCUGCGAGGAUCACAAUCUCUGGCUUGGCCAGCAGCGAUACGAGUAUACGCAGAGUCAGCACCACGGCUAGAAUAUUGUACAAACGGUAAACAAGCACACACCCACACACAUACACAUUCGCAAAUUGUGCAUUCAACAUAACAUAAAAGUGCAUUCAACUUGCCACAGACACAAAUACAAAUUAAAGAAAAAUAAAAGAUAAAAACAGCUCUGAUUUUACGCCAACGAUCUCGAUCUCUACAACAACUGCAACAACAUCCAAAUAGAAACCACAAAAUAAUCAAAACAUUUCUACAAUAUAAACAACAACAACAACAAGUGUAAAACGCGUGUGCAAAAAAAUUCUGCGCUGAAACAAUUUUCAAAGUUUUCGAAUUUGUUGUUGCUGCCUUCGCGUGCGUUUUUUCUGCUUUUUUUUGUGUGUUGGUUUUUUUAUUUUGUUUUUGCUAUUCUUUGAAAUGCAAAUGUGAAAUCGAAAUCGCAAUCGAAGCCAAUCCAACGAAAUUUCGCCAACAACAAGAGCAGCAUCAAGAAGAGCAUCAGAACUUCAAGAGAGACUAAGCGAGAGCGGGAGAGAACGCCAACAGUUUCAUCAUGGUGCUACAAAAUCACAACACGGUGGUGGCCCGUUCCACAUUGACGCCGAACAGCAGCAGCCAGAACUUUGGCUCCCAUCAUGGGGGUCAAUCGCUGGGAGUUGGACGAACACCGCUAAACGGGGGACCUAGCAAUCAGAGACCGAUUGUGGAUCUGUUGGUGGCCAUGGUGGCGGUACCAGUGUUAAUCCUAUGCGCCCUUCAGCUGGAGAAGAAUCUUCACGAGAUGCGCGAGAGUCCCGAGUCGCGUUGGCUGGUCUUUGCCCUGGGAAUCGGCAUGUUGGUGAUAAGCGUUAUCAUCUGUGGAUAUGUGACACAUCGCAUGGGCGUCUGCAUCUGGGCUGGACCCAUCGAUGAGGCCGGUAAUCGUGCCGGCAAUGGUGCACUGCCCCACAUCAACUCGCAAAAUGAUGUGCUGCGUAUUGUGGACUCGCUGCCGCCGAGCUACGACAGCGUGGUGAAGUGUGAUUUGCCGCCUCCUGCCUACGAUUGCCUGGUGAUCGAUCUGGAUCAGAGCAAGGAGAUGCAGCCGCAGACAUCCGCCAAGGAAGUUCCUCAAGCUCAGGCUGCAUCCGGUUCCAUUUCUAUCACCAUGUCAGGUGCUACUCUGCACAUCUGACUUGGAUAGAUGGAUAAAAAAAAAGAGAGAGAGAGAUGGAGAGAAGGAGUAUCAGAGUAGUGGCAAGACGAGGCGGGACGUGGAAAGAAGAGGAGAGAGGAGAGAGAAAAAAAGAGAUUUUUCGCUUGUGGCAUUGAAUUUGAGAAUCUGUACUUCACCAACUACAAUGGCGCCAUCUAUCGGUGGCUUUUGGGCUAAGCAUAUGGCGAUGUAUUUACUUCGAUUUAAGAUCUUAGAGUAUUGUUUCUAUCUAUAGCGCAUUCACUGAAUACUUUUACAAAUAUUUGUUUCUCUGUUAUUUUUUUUUUGUUUUUUUUUUCGUUUCUUAUUUGGUCUACGCAUCAUUGUAAAUAUUCCUAAACAGCAUCUAGUCCAAAGUUGUACAUAACCUAAAAAAAGAGCUAAAGAGAAAUACGCAUAAUAAUACAUUUACUCGUAAAAAAAAAUAUGAGUACAAUUUGUAUUUACUAGCGAUAUACAGAUUUAAAUGCCAAGUUUGUAUGGGAUACAUACUUAUAUGGUGGUAAAAGAGGGCGGGGGAGGGGUGCAUAGCAGUUACCAUUUACCACAUAGUCUGUAGAUUUGUAUUUAUAUACUUACUGUACAUACGAAUAUGUAUAUUUAUGUGCAUAUAUCGAGAAUUAUGUGCAUUACCUAUCGAUAACGAUUACAUUAAGCUGAUUUCCAAAAUAAAGAAUUCCUAUUAUUAUUAAA